UUAGUUAUGUUGAGUGAUGAUUGAAACUGGAACUUUGUACGUUGACUGCAAAUGCUAUCAGUCGUCUGAAACGGUUUCAUAUUACUCUUUACAUAUGUUAUACGUUGCCCUAAUCUGGCAGACAGCGAGGUUUUGUUUCCGACAACAUUUGUUGAUAUAUUCGCGUUUUCACAUCGACGUGGUUUCUGAAGACUGCAUUAGAUAUAGCUACGGUAAAAUGAUGUGUCAAAGAUUCUGUGUGGUCAUUGUACUUCUAUUUCUUCCUGUAAUCGAGUCGAAGAUGCGAAAAGUGCUUAAAGUUCGUAAUUACCAUGACCCUGGAACGUGCGCAAAAUCCAACCACGGUGAGCUCAUCUUGGUGAAAGAUCGUGAAAACAAGGAUACCAUUGUGGUGUGCACUGAGGAUGCAGGAAUAUACAGUUGGAAGACAACGGAAGGUUCAAGACCACCUGGUGAAUAUUUCAAUCCCGGAUAUGACUGCUUGGAUAUCUUGACUCGAAACAGAAAAGCGAAGGACGGUUAUUACUGGGUUGAUUUUCACCGCUCAGUUCCAUAUAAGGUGUGGUGCGACAUGACAACAGAUGGUGGGGGAUACAUAUUAAUAGGGUGGAUGAACAAUAGCGUUACAUGGAAUGUACCCUCAAGCAACGAUACUGUUGGACCAUUUGAUGAACCUCAUUGGUCAAGCGUGUUUGGAGAUAUACCUAUAUUGGAUUUUAGAGUCCAAGUUGCGGCUGACGUCGAUUACACACAAACAGUAGCACACUGGUCAUUUCGUUUUAAAAAUAAACGCCAACUGUCAAAUUUGAUGAUGGUAAAUGAAGGAGGCUGUCCAUACAAUCUACCAGGAAUUGGAGAUAUUUCAUAUGUGAAGGACCUGAUUACUGAAGAAAUUUCUUCAAAAGACUUUUCAUGCUCAGUGUUUGGUGUUUACAGCCAUCCUUCAGCUAAAAUUGGUUGGAGUAUGAUGAAUUCUUGUCUGCAAAAGCCGUGUCCUCAUGGAUUUGCAUAUCAUCCCUUAUUUCCUGUUCAGGUUGAUUUUUCUGGCGGAUUCAGUUUUCUUGCUGCAAACCAGUCUGAAACAAUUAGUGAUGGUACAACUGCAUUUUUUGGAUGUGAUAAAGGAAAGUGCUGUGCCUGUUAUGGUCCAGUUGGUCGCAAUGGAGUAUAUUGUGGUAGAGAAUGCAAGGCUAAGAACGGUGGUACGGUUGUGAAAGAUGCUCACGCUUGGUUUUGGAUACGAUUAAAUCCUCCGCAAAAAGUCUGGGAGAAGUGCAUGGAAUACAGGACGGAAGAAGAAAAUGGUGACGCAGCAUGGUAUAAGCUGAUUGGAGAUAGAGAAACACCUGUGAAGGGUCGAUGUGGAAAAAAUAAAGCAAUUUUAAAUGAUGGGAUUGUAGUUGUUCCUGAUGAUGUCACCCAAGAUAGAAUACCGCAUAUUACUGGUUUGUUGGCGUAUCAGAAAGAUAGCCAAGUUCUUCGUUUAAGAAAAAAAGAUGCGUGGAAAAAUGUGGCAGAGGAAGAAAUGGUACUCAGGAUUAACAAUGAAACUCUGACAAGGCUGGAGUUGAUGGUGAACUUACUACAUUCUCGAGACAUUUUAGCGUCAACAAUAUUGAGAAAUGAGCCACCAGAAUUUCUGGAAAGACUCAAACAGUGGAUCCCAUUUAAUACCUUAACUCGAUGUUAUCGGGCCUCAGAAGAUGGGUGGCUCUCGAACGUUUUUCACUUGCAAUGUGGUGGUAUUGGAAAAACUGUUACCCUUGUAAAAGUUCAAAAUUACAUUUUUGGGGGAUACAGUGAUCAAUCAUGGGGAAUAAUAGGUUCCAGUGCAUCAUACAUAUCCAGCUCAAACUCCUUCGUCUUCUCCUUUCGUAACAAAGACAAUCUCAGUCCAUUCAAAGCUAAUGUAUAUCAAAACAAUGGUAACGCUAUUUACACAAACAUUGGUUACGGACCAACCUUUGGGGGAGGACAUGAUUUCUACAUUGCGACCAAUGCCAAGAGUUCAACGAGUUCAUAUUCAAACUUUGGUCACACCUACCUUCCUCCAUCAGGCUACAGCUAUGCCAGCGGUAACACCCGAGCGUUAUUGGCAGGGAGUUAUCGCUUCCGCCCUUCCGAAGUGGAAGUUUAUUACUUUUAUUAAAUUACUUUAUAUUACUAUUACUUUACUUUUAUUAAUUAAUAUGAUUAAAAAUAUAGAGCUAAAGUCUGAAUUAGCAAAUUUUGCUACUUUAUGUAACUUUAAUUGAAAAUGCCGGUUUUGAACAUACAGUAGUGAAAAUUUCCAUUAUUGAAUAACUAUUAGAGAGUCUACCACUCUACCGGCAAAUUUAUCUCAGGGCUGUUUUGUAAAACUUUUAAGAUUAAGACAUGUAAACAACAGAAAUUCAUUAAU